AGCCUUUUUUUUGUCCGAAGAGAACUGAGCUCAGCUGGAAAAAUGUCCUAACGAAAAGUUCUCGGGAAUUUUCCCAGUACUUUCUUUUGGCGCCAGCUGCGGUCAUAGCAGUGGCAACAUUCAGAAUAUCUUCAGUACGUUCCUAAACAUCUGCUCGCUUGCAGUGAUAAUGCGGACACCACUCGAGCAUUUCUCAAAAUCCCUGGCCCUCGUUCACGUCCUCGCAGCUGUCACUGCCGUCGACUUCAGUAGUUCUUGCGAAAACAGCGGGAGCUGCAACGCCAUCGGUAAGGCGGCUUGGACGUACUACAGCGAAUGUCACAGCUAAUGGCACGACGUCUAGUACGGCGACGACUCCAUCUCCGACGACACUUCCUUCAGCGACUGUUAGUCCCGGCUCGGCGACGACACUAAAACCCAGUGCGUCAGGGUCUUCAGGAACUAGCCCGCCCAAGCACACCACUGAUGUCAUCGACCUUCCUAUGACCAUGACCGCAACUGAGAAGACCACUGUGAAGACUGCUAUUGCCACCGCUUUACAUGAGUCUUGUUGUGGGCCCGUUGUUGGCACUGGGAAGCCCUUUUCGACGUUGGCGAACCGCACAUCCGUUAACGGUGAGAACGGUGUGGCCACUGUCAUGGCGAUGUCCUGGUCUGGCAUACUUGCUAUGCGUCAGAGCCGUGCAUUACUAGCUGCCGUACCAAUGACCGGACAGUUUGAGAUCUCAUCCACUUAUGCUUCUACCAUCACCUCAGCAAAGGAUGACAUGGUUUCAGCGACCACAGGUGGUUCUCCGACCUUGUUGACUACGUCUAUUGCUGCAGCUGUGACCUCAGGAAUCACUACAGCUGUUGCGGGAACGUCAUCAGCCUCUUAG